CUAGCAACUGAUUGAUUGCUGCUCUGCGUGUACGGAAGUGAACAGCGCAACAGGUGUAUUUAUGUGCAACAAGUGUGAGUGUGUUUUACCGUGAAUUUGGGUGGUUUAAAACCUUCCCUACUACUAGCCAAGAGUGUUACGAAACGAAGACUCUGACACCAUCAUAUAAUCCUUCAAAUAUUUACAAAUAAGCCCUGAAAUUUAAACCAAACUAACUGAAAAUGUCUGACGGUGCCGGUGAAGAGCAAAACACCAACAGCACACCGCCACCCAGUAGCCCACCGCCACCGGCUACGGACAAACCGGCCGAGGAGAAGCCCGACCAAACAACAGGCAGCAAGCCAGGCAGUGCCAAGAAGUCACCGCGGGGUAAACCGGCCAAAUCCCCCCGCGGUCCCCCGGAGCCAACCCCGGAACAACUGGCCGAGAAGGAGAAGAGUUUCCUGCUGGAUUGCAUUGCCGUGGACUCGAUUGCCAAGGACUAUUCACACUGCCAGCCCAAACUCGGUCCGGCCAUUCCGGCUUAUAAUUCGCAAAAAGACAAGCAUGUUAAACUGUAUUUUACUCGGGAGCAGGUAGAUGAAACACUACGGAAAACACAGCAGGACAAAGGUGGCUGUUCUAUCGAUGGGCCUGUGAUUGACAGAUUUAUUGAGUCCGGGUCUGGCUACAGAUAUCUACAUGCGCGGAAUGCAGCACCGGGCUCAGCGAAAGCUGGUCACUCCACGGAUCAAAUCAACGGGCACGGCCAGUUCAUGUCAGAGGCUAAGCCUAAUUUUGGAUUCAACGGGCAGUAUGGGUACCGACGCAACACCCCCUGGUUACGGAAGAUGCCUUCGCCAUUCGGUGUCGACCCCAGAUCUCCCACACAUUGAGGUUAUGGUUUGUGAAGAUGUGAAAGACUUUCACAUGAUGGGGGGAUGUUAAUUUCUUGUGAGUUUUAAAACAAAAGCCUUACCGACAGUUAGCAAUACACAUGAAUUUCAGUGAAAGAUUCAUGCAAGUUUUGAUGAACACCUGUGUACAAUAAAUGAUAGGUUUGUUUUUCCACCUUCUCUUCUGUAAAGACACAUAUGGUUCUGAAAAGAGCAGAGGUUCUGAAAAUAGCCAAGGCUUCCACAGUUCUUUUCAGAAGAGAUAUUUGAACACCAUUAUAUGCUUCGACGUCCAUUUCUACCAUAUUUCCUAUAAUUAUAGGUUUUUAGUAUUUUUGUAGAGUCGGUAUGGGAAUGUGUGAAUGCAUGCAGUCUGCAGAUAGAUUCACUUUUUUGUAGCCGUUUUAAUAAAAACAUUGCCAGAUUGUGUUUUUGGCUAAGGUUGAUUUUAAAUGUUUACUUUUUUAUAACUCUGUGCAUGACACCCAGUAAAUGAGCAAGAAUCGUGUAAAACAGCUGACAUGAACUAAGGUUCUGCUGAUGCAUUAUUUGUUGAGAAAUCACUGUGUGGUUGUAUAAUAACAACAGCGCCCUCAGGCGUCAUGCAAUGGCAAAGAAACAUCCGGGCGUGUGAUCAUUUUACGCCAGUACCUGCCCCCAUUCAAUGGAGAAACCAUUACGCACGCUAUUGCACAAAGCAACUGCUCGUGAUAGAUAUUCCGAACAAUAGCUAUCACGGUGCUUGUGCCAUUGAUGGGGGCCUUCGUGAUAGAAUUGAUAACGUGACCGAAUUGCUUUGUAGUGAAAGUAUAAUGCAAAUCAUAGUUGUGAUAUAUGUAAUGUUCCCAGGCGUGAACAAAGCAGCCUACUUUAUUUUGAAUAAACCCCCCACAAUGUCCCUUACCGCGGCCGAUGGCAACUUUUGGAAUUCUCCGGUGACAAUGAAAGUAUUUUGUGUCUACUGAUGCAUCAAAGAGAUACAUGAGACUUGUUCUCAAAGAGGGCGUUCUGUAAAAAAGGUCUUUUUUCAUUGAACAGUCCUUACACUGAGACAGCCUGACCGAUAGCCGCUGACCAAUCGUGGGGAAUAAAAAAAGAAAGAAAUUAAUUGCAUGGUCAUAUUUUUAUGUAUAAAAAUAUGAAAUAAUAGAUAAACAUAUUUGAGUGAGUGAAGACUCCUCAACUAGUUUUAAAAAAAUGUACAUCAAUUAAUUAUCAAAUAUGUUGUUGCAAAUGAAACACACUUUAUAUAUUUUAAGAUCAUUGUCAUAAUUGGAGUGUUUUUCCAUUUUCUAUUCUAUGAUCGAGUACACAACCCCUAUGUUUAUUUGAACAAUUUUUUUUAACUACAUGUGUAGCUCUGAAAAAGAUGUCACCUCAAACAUUCUUCAAUAUUUUUUUACGGAGCACGGACUUACGAGUGGUAAAUAAAGAUUCCUAAUUUUUUUGAAAUUUGUUCACUGUCUGUAGUGUAAAUAUUAAAUCCAUUCCUGUACAUUUCAUUUGAUUGAAUUAUGUAAUUAUUAAGUGAUAUGCAAUGUUAUGAAUAGUGAAGCAUGUUAAAAAUAAUUGUGCCUUUUUGACAUUAAACCCUCCUUGAAGGAUUAUAAAAGAAAAAAAA